AUGUCGUCCCGCAACCCGAGACCAUCGACUGGCGUGGUUGUGCUGAGCAAGCCGAGCGAGCCUUGGUACUACAUUAACUCGAGUCCGAGCGCGAUCUUGCCUGCGCGCAGCGUGACGUUCUUCAAGCACGAGUUGCUGCACUCGAGACCGCAAGCGAGGGCACGAGAGGAAGGACUGAGGAUAUCGAAGACCGCGAUGGCGUCAAGGUAGAACAUGGCAAGUGGUACCAGCUCGUCCCCAAGCUUGAUCCUGUGUCUGCCGGAGCUAGCACGGACCGCUGUAGACCUUCCGCUGGAUCGUCAAAACGAUUUUUUGGAUUGAAGAUAUCAAGUCAUCGAUGUCGGGAGCUAGUCGUGGCAAGCGUGUGCUCAACACGACGCAGCUUUCAAACAACGUCAACCACGCCGAGCACCUCACCACCAACCCCACCGAGUCGUCGGCAAAGCAGACUGAUCCUUUCUUCAAAGCCGAAUGA